CCAGCUCUGAGCAGAGCCUUGUUCAGAAUCUUCUGGACUAGAUCUGUCCAGCUAGUCGCCGGACGCUUCUCCGUCGCUUUUCUCUCAGUUUCCUAUGACGGAAGUAUCGCAACUUUAAAUUGGGGGUCUUACAUGUUCAGUUCAGAAUCCAAAUAACCCUAGCAGUAGCAAAAUCGGUGAAAUUACGGAUUUUAUACCGACAAAAGGAAGAUUUCGGUCUGAGAGUCUGUAUCUCAUUGUUGGUGAUUUGGAUUAGCCCAAUAGGAAGAAUGGAAUGUGUUACUGUGAAGAUGCAGAUGAUUCCAAGAAAAGAGGUGUAUGAUUGCGUAAGCAAUCAAUCCAUGUUCCUUUUGAGAUCAAUGGAUGGAAUGUAAACUUGAUUGUUUGUUUUGUCUGGUGUGAUUAAGGAAGAAAAAUGCAUACGAUAAUAUGCGAACAAGUUCCAUAUGUAAACUAGUUUAUUGACACUUGGAGGCCUAAUCAGGAGGUUGUAUUAGUUACCAUAACAUACAGGAAGUCGCUGUGAAUCAUGGCAGACUUGGAAAAUUUGCUUCUAGAGGCAGCAGGAAGAACUGGUGCAGCAGGAAGAAACAGGAAUGCGCUUCCAUCUUCUAGGAGGCGACGUGAGGGCUCAUAUUCUGAUGGCGGAAGUGAUUCUAGAGAUGAUGAUUCUGAUGAUGGCCGUGGCUAUGCAAGCAGGAAGCCGUCUGGAUCUCAAGUUCCUUUGAAGAAGAGGUUGGACCCUACUGAAAGAGAUGAUGAUCAGGGUAGCCAGGAUGAAGGUGACUAUGAUGAUGGGGGUUCUGAUCGUGAGGGUGACAGCAGUGAUGAAUCGGAUGUUGGUGAUGACCUUUACAAGGAUGAGGAUGACCGGAGGAAGCUUGCUCAGAUGAGUGAACUUGAGAGGGAGAUGAUAUUAUCUGAACGGGCAGACAAAAAAGGUGAUAGGAAUCUAACUGAGAGAAUUAGAUCAAAACGGGACAGUGAGAAACCAACCCGAUCUAGAAAAGAGACUCCACCUCUUCCAUCAUCUCGUGGUGUUCGCACGUCAGCUAGAUCUGCUGACAGGGCAGCUGCCAAAGAUGAUGCAUUGAAUGAAUUGAGAGCUAAACGGUUGAAGCAGCAAGACCCAGAAGCUCACCGUAAGUUAAGGGAUGUGUCUAGAGGAACUUCAAGCGGUCGUGGUUUAUCACCAAUGAAGCGAAAACACUUCACUUCAGCUAGCCUGAGUAGCUCUAGCAGUGAGAGCGAUAGCAGGUCUCAUAGUGAAGAUGAAGGGUCUACCGGUGAUGGUGGAAUGGGAGACAGUGAUGACGAUAGGGAUCCUGGGUCUGAGGGUCCAACAUUUGAUGACAUAAAGGAAAUCACCAUCCGGAGGUCAAAACUUGCUAAAUGGUUUAUGGAACCAUGGUUUGAAGAGUUGAUUGUGGGUUGCUUUGUGAGGGUUGGGAUUGGGAGGUCAAAGUCUGGGCCAAUCUACAGGCUCUGCUUGGUCCGGAAUGUGGAUGCUGCAGACCCUGACCGCCAGUACAAGCUGGAGAAUAAAACAACAUAUAAGUAUCUGAAUGUUGUUUGGGGCAAUGAAAGCUCUGCUGCCAGGUGGCAGAUGGCUAUGGUUUCCGACUCUGGACCUACCGAGGAGGAGUAUAGACUGUGGGUGAGAGAGGUGGAGCGCAGUAGUGGGCGGAUGCCAACAAAACAGGAUAUUCUUGAAAAGAAGGAGGCCAUACAAAAGACAAAUACAUUUGUCUAUUCAGCAGCUACUGUAAAGCAAAUGUUGCAGGAGAAAAAAUCUGCCUCUUCAAGGCCAUUAAAUGUUGCUGCUGAGAAAGAUCGAUUGAGGAGGGAGUUGGAAGUAGCACAACUUAAGCAAGAUGAUGCAGAGGUGGAGCGGAUAAGAGCUAGAAUUCAGGAACUGGAGGCAUCUCGGCAAAUUCAGGAAAAAGAUUCAAAGGCUGUUAGGUUGGCAGAGAUGAACAGAAAGAACAGAGUUGAGAAUUUCAGAAACGCAUCAGGACUGAAGCCUGUGAAUGCAAGUCUGAAAGCAGGGGAGGCUGGGUAUGAUCCAUUUUCAAGAAGAUGGACAAGGUCAAGGAAUUACUAUAUGUCAAAGCCUGCUGGAGAAGAUGUGGCUGAAGCAACAAAUAGUGUGGCCAAUGGCACAGUGGUUGCUGCAAAUAGUAAUGGGGCAGCAGCAGGAGUUAUAGCUGAGGCUGGCAUGGCUGCUACAGCAGCAGCCCUGGAAGCGGCAGCUGAUGCAGGAAAGUUGGUUGAUACAGCUGCUCCUGUGGAUCAAGGCACAGAGUCGAAUACACUUCAUGAUUUUGACAUUCCAAUCUCAUUGACUGCACUUCAGAAAUUCGGUGGAGCGCAGGGAGCUCAGGCAGGGUUCAUGGCAAGGAAACAACGGAUAGAAGCAACUGUUGGAUGCCGUGUCCCUGAGAAUGAUGGGAGGAGGCAUGCUCUGACUUUGACUGUUAGUGACUACAAGAGAAGAAGAGGACUCCUCUGAAGUGUAGACUGCACCGAUCAGCUUUCCUUUCUGGUAAAAUUAGCUUCUACAGCAGUCUUCCUGCACAUCUAUGGGUUGUGAUCAUCAUAUAAGUGCGGAGAUCAUUGAUUUUGGUCGACAUCGGUAAGAGUAGUUUCCAGAAACCAAGAAGAGAAGAAAUCUUGCAUUUACUUUCUGAAGUUGUAUUGUAUUAUGAGGAUGUGUUUGGUGUUCCCUUCGUUAUAUUCAGUGAUAGACUGCCAAGUUUUGUGGAAGUUUUUUUGUGGAUAAGUUGAUUACUUGGUGGAGGUCUUAAAUUUGAGCAUAUAGCCUUUUCAUCAUUUGGUCACUUGUUCUGCAAUUGGAUUGUAGAUUCUCUUUUUUAAAGAAAACCAGGAAGGCUACUGCUUAUGCAA